AUAGAACCCAAUCGUAUUUCAGGUUUUAUUGCCAAAGCUUAAUUGAGUAGGCUGAGGACAGAAGCUGAUUGGAUACCAUGCACAGGUGCACCAGAUUCUGAGUGAGCCAGCUUUAGUAAAUCCCCCCCCCCAUGCUUUUACUACACCUCCUUGGCGGUAUUCCCAAGUGUAGCUCGGGGCAACGUUUCAGUGCCACAAGCGGUAACCCCGAGCUACACUCGGGCUUACCAUGCGGCGCUGCUCCGGGAUCUGUUCUUCUCUUACCUUGUCCUGCGCUCCCGCGAUGUCCAUCCUGCUGUGUCCCCUGUAAUGUCCUCCGGCGGAUGCCGGCAUCUGUCUUCUGGGUUCCGUCCCCUGCAACGUCGGGAUGUACGGGGACGGAACGGCGGGAAAUUUGAAAAUGACAAAAAGUGACAUUCACUAAAUUCACUAA